AUGCUCGCGGCUUGGCACCCCUUCCGUCCGGGCUACCACAUCACUGCACCCUAUGGCUGGCUCAACGACCCGCACGGGUAUUUCAAACGCAAUGGGCUGCACCACCUCUUCUUCCAGUACAACCCCAAGGCGACGGCCUGGGGCGCCCCUUUCUGGGCCCAUGUGGUCAGCACCGACCUGGUGCACUGGCGUUGGCUGCCCCCAGCGCUGCUGCCUGACUCUGCCAUGGAUUUCAAUGGGAUCUGGAGCGGCGCCUCCACCAUCACCGAAGACGGCACCCCGUGGCUGUCCUACACGGCCGCCGCCACCCUGGUGCCAGAGCUGGGCAACUUCUUCCAGUCCCAGGCCCUUGCAUCGCCUGCCAACCUGUCAGACCCUUACUUGCGAUCCUGGGUCAAGUCGCCUUCCAACCCCGUGCUUGUGCAGACCCCGCCUGGUGGCACCAACUUCCAGUUCCGAGACACCACCCCAGCCAACAAAGACGUUCGGGAUGCUGUGAAGGCUGCCCUGGCCAAAGGCCGCCUCGGCAACACCACCAACCUGCAGGCGCCAAGGUUUGCUUGGGUUGUUGGGACACAGGCAUUCUGCCUGGGCACCGCCGCCAUCUACACUGCUCCCAAACUGGAGGGGCCGUGGUUGUUUAGCGGAAACCUCUUCAACCAGAUGGCUAUCGACGGGAAGCUGAACGGCCAGUGCGAGGCGGCUGGCAGAUUGCGAGGCGCCGCAUUUGGAGGCCCCUGCAGCCAGUUCGGCAGCAAGUGCCGCAUGUGGGAGGUGGUGGACUUUGCUUCUGUGGCGCCGGGGGUGUACGUGACAAAGUGGAGCGACCAGGACCGCGCACGCACGCCGUUUUCAACCGAGUGGUACGUCAUUUCUGACGAGCUGGACCCCAAUGCCCUCAAGUUCGGCCCAGCUUUCAACAACAUCAACACAGUGACAGCCUCCGCCUUUGACACGCUGCUUACUGGCAGGCUGCGCGGCAAGCUCUUUGCGCCGAAGCAGCUGGAUUAUGGCAGCACGUAUGCCAGCAAGUUUGAGCGGCUAGAUGACGGUCGGCUCAUCAUCAACACGGUCCGAACCGCCGCGCGUCCUCGGCACGCCUGCAACCAGUCGUCUGUGCAAAUGCAGUGA